UAUGUUUCACAUGGUCGCGAAAGGGUUAAAUAUCAAAUAAAAUUUUAUUCAAUUUUGCGUGUCUUCUCGAAAAGUCUUUGUCCGUAAAUUGCAAAGUGGUCCCCAAAAAUCUCCAACGACAAUGUUUGGCUCUUCGAUGCUCAACGAUUUCGACGAGGAUCCCUUUUUUGGGCAUCACCUUCGUUCAAUGCGACAGAUGAGCAAUAUGAUGAAUUCACUUCUCUCAGAUCCCUUUGGGAUGUUUGGGGGCUUUGAUGCCAUCGGUGGUGGUGCCCCAGCACUGAUGGGUCCCAGCCAGACGGCCCUUACGCCAUUUGGAUUUCCCAACAUUAAUCGCCUCCUCGCCACUCCGGGUGGCUUUAUGGAGCAUCCGGGAAUGCAAUCGUACAGCAGCAGUAGCUACGUGUCCAUGACAUCGGGUCCCGAUGGACGUCCGCACGUCUACCAGGCGUCGAGUAGCACAAAAACCGGACCUGGGGGAUUGCGUGAGACACAGAAAACAGUUCAGGAUUCCCGUACGGGUAUAAAGAAGAUGGCCAUUGGGCAUCACAUUGGUGAUCGAGCGCACGUGAUUGAGCGCGAACAAAAUGCCCACGCUGGCACCCAAGAGGAACGUCAGGACUUUAUAAAUCUCGACGAGGACGAAGCUGAGGAUUUUGAUCGGGAAUUCAUCACAAAAUCCCGAUCAAUGCUCGCUGUGAGGAGCCCACAGUCUACUGGACAGAAUUCCCGGGAACUCCUUGCUCUCCCUGCACCCCCAACCAGAGCCUCACAGUCAUCAUCAGCAAUUGCGGGGGCACGCGAUGGGGAUGCUGUGAGUAGUCGACACAGACGCCCAAGGACAACACAGCCAAUUGCAUCACCAAGACGACCACUGAGGACACCCACAUCAUCACCACUAGCCCUUACAGCGUCUUCCACCAGUAUCCAUCCCCAUCCCUACAGCUCUUCUGCUCCACGACGUCAUCGUCCCAUGAAAGGGGCAUCGUCCACCCACAAUCCACACCAUGAGGCUACACACUAAAUUGAGAAAAAAAAACAAAGGGGCGCAUAAUUUGGACAAAAAAAUCCCCCCGAUGGGGAUUUUUAAAAGGAAAACACAAACAAAAAUAUUCUCCACGUUCUAUACAUAUAAAACAAUAUUACUGCAGUAAGAGUGAAAAAUAUUAAAAGAAAAAAAAAACAAAUCUUAAUUAUUAAUCUUAUAUAAAAUAUUUCGUCAAGUUAUUUAACUGUGAGAAAAGAAUUAAAAAAGAAGAUAAUUGAGAGAAGAAUAAAUGUAUAGGAUUUUAUUGUGUAAUAAUUUUAAGUAACGAAUGAUUGUAAAACGAAAAGGAAAAGAAUCUUCUAAAACAGGUUUUGGAUGAGAACAUCUUCUCGUGUUUAAUGCAAUCUUUUCGCAAAAUAUUCAAUUCAACUUGUCUAUAGAUCAAAAAGAAAUCAACAAAAUACUCCUGAAAUAUUUUUACUUUAAAAAAAAUCUCAUAAGCGUAGAUAAAAGCAGAGAUUUUUUGGCUUUAAAAUCAAUCUUUCAAAAUAAAUAAUGUAGGUAGAACUAAAAAUUAGAACGAAAAAUGAAACAAGAAUAGCAAUAGAAGCAGCAAAAUAUCCACAAAUAUUGACAAAAAGAACUUUUUCUUCACAAAAAAAACGACAAAAAUGGCAAAUAAAAAAUCGAAGAGAUGUAGUUGAACCCAAGAUCUUAUGGAAGUGUUUAGAAAAGUAAAUCUAAAUAAAUAUAAACAAAAAAUAAAUAAAACUUAAAAGAUAUUUAGAAAAGUAUACCUAUUAGGUACGACAGAAAAAUAUUAAUAUUUAGCUAUGUGAAGUGUAAUUGACAUUAAAUUGAUAUUAAAGUGAGAAA